CUCAACAGAACCACGAUAUUAUUCAAAGCCAUGGCCAAGGUAUUCUCGGCCAUUGAAACGCUACACAAUGGCUUCGGUCCAGGGGUUCGUACUCGGCAUGACGAACGAAUUCAGGAUUAGCUGGUUGGAUACGUGAACGCGUGGCGCGACUGGAACGAAAGUCUGCGUGGAGUGAUGCUGGCCGAGAAGCUUUAAUAUCUGAGGUCGCCUCGCAAGCAUUUCGACAUCUUUCUCUUGUUCUCGGUCUUUAUUCCCCGCCCUGAACCGACUUGAUUCGAAGUUCCGUUUUGGCAACAUGGCUAUCUUAAACGUCAUGAUCCAGGCUUCGUGCCUUGGCUUCGCCUUUACCACACUUUACAUCGUCUCGUACAUCAUCUACAACCUAUUCUUCCACCCCCUCCGCCGCUUUCCCGGCCCAAUCCUUAUGCGCGCAACACGAGCGACAUUCUGCUACCGACUCUGGCGCGGAACCCUCUCCUUUGACAUGCUCGACCUCCACAGAAAGUACGGCGACGUGGUGCGUAUCGCCCCGGACGAGCUGGCGUACGCGGACCCCGUGGCAUGGAAGGAAAUCAUGGGCCACCGCGCAGGGAGUGUUGCGACUGGUGGCCAGGCGCCGCUCGAGUUUGAAAAGUCGGAGACGUUUUACAGGCCGAUUGCGGACCUGCCGAGGGAUAUCAUCACUGCGCCGGGGCCGGAGCACGCUAGGCUGAGGAGGACUUUGAGCCAUGGGUUCAGCGAUCGGAGUUUGAGGGAGCAGCAGCCUGUGAUCAUGAAGUAUGUUGACGUGUUCAUCGCCAAGCUGCGGGAGCUAGCAGAGGCUCCGGUCCAGAAAGCGUACCGAGACGAAGGUGAUGGUGGGUCGGCGACGGAUCUCAGGGAGAAGGAGACCGAGCUCGAGCCGGUGAACCUGACGCUGUGGUACAACUACUGCACCUUUGACAUCAUCGGAGAUCUAGCCUUUGGUGAGCCGUUUGGGUGCUUGGAGGAAGGAGACCUGCACCCCUGGGUACGGACGAUUUUCGACAUGAUCCGACUGGGCGUCGCGCUGCAGACGGCGAACCAUUUUUCGGUGCUGAGGCGGUUCAUCACGGCGGUGAUGUCGACGAAGGCGAUGAGGGAGAGGAGAUUUGAGCACCAGGCUAUGACUAUGGAUAAGUUGAAGAGGAGGAUCGCGUUGGCGGAGAGGGAGGGGUCGAGGGCUGAUUUGCUGGAUGGGCUGUUGAAGAAGAAGGAGGAGUGGAACCUUUCGCUGCAACAGCUCGAGGGCAACGCGAGCAUCAUCAUCAUUGCUGGCUCGGAAACGACAGCAACGCUGCUCUCGGGCGUAACGUAUCUCCUCUUGAAGAACCCCGAAAAGAUGAAGAAGUUGGUGAACGAAGUCAGAACGACGUUUGAUAAGGAAUCAGACGUCACCCUCACAUCUGUGAAUAAACUGACCUACAUGCUUGCAUGCCUGGAUGAGGCGCUGCGGGUAUAUCCGCCCGUGCCGACUGGUCUUCCCAGGACGGUGCCAGCGGGCGGGGCUACGAUUUGCGGAGAUUUUCUUCCGGACAAGACAACCGUUGCCGUCCACCAGUGGGCCAUGUACCAUAACGAGACCAACUUCAAGAACCCCUUCCUCUUCCACCCCGAGCGUUUCUUGGGAGACCCGGAGUAUGUCUCAGAUCGCAGGGAGGCGUUCCAGCCGUUCCACAUUGGACCUCGGAAUUGCUUGGGACGGAACCUCGCGUACGUGGAGAUGCGGAUCAUGCUAGCGAGACUUCUUUGGAACUUUGACAUCGUCCUGGCGGAGGAUAGCAAGGCUUGGAUGGAGACCCAAAAGAUCUAUACCUUGUGGGAAAAGGGGCCGCUGAAUGUUUACUUGAAGCCUGCCGUACGAGACUGAGGGUCUGAAGGAGGAGCUUCUCAGUGCAGUACGUGAUGGCCAUCGAUGGCAUACCAGCUUCUUCUAGCACUGAACCUCUUUUACUACAUGCGCACUUGACUAGUACUUCUCAUGAUCCACA